CGAGGUUCUUAAGCUUAUCUGGCCCCUGAUUGCCCAUCGCAAGUACGACAGGACUCCGUGAAUAUCCCUCCGCUGUUCCGAAUCUGAUUGAUGCUGGUCGGUUGAAAUCAUCAAAAAGACGUCUCACAACACAUCCAAGAUGGUUUUCCUGGGUAUCAUCGAUGAUACAAAGAUCCCACACAUUCCAGGCACUGUCAUCCUCGAAGAAGCCUACGCCCAUUCCGAAAAUGUGACGGGCGGUCUCAAGCAUGGGAAGGGCCGGAACGCCAACAUUGUCCUUGUCCCUCAACCCUCUAACGAUCCCAAUGAUCCUCUCAACUGGCCGACGUCCAAAAAGCUCACCGUUCUGGGUAUCACAUGUUGGGGCUCGAUCUUAUAUGCGGCGGUCGUCAGUGCCAUGCUCAACGCGGCGUUCGCUGAGAUGGCAGUUGAGAUCAACACAAGCAUCCCAGAUCUCGUCCUUGCAACAGGCUAUCAGACCCUUGUGGUGGGAGUAACUGGACCUCUGUUCUCAGCAUUGGCUCGAAAAUGGGGCAAGCGACCAGUUUUCUUGUUGGCUUCAAUUAUCUGCUUAGUUGCAGAUAUCGUCGGCUCUUGCCUCCCCACCUAUAACGGAGUCCUUGUCUCGAGAGUUCUCCAAGGCUUCGCCAUUGCGCCUUAUGAGUCACUCGUCUUCACCCUGAUCAGCGACAUGUUCUUUGUUCACGAGCGUGGACUGUACGCUUCCUGCAUCAACUUUAUCUUGGCUGGUAUUUCGAACUUGACAGGUGUGGUUGCUGGCCCUAUUGCGUCCGAUCUAGGAUGGAGGUGGCUCUACUAUCUCCUGGUCCUAUUUGGAGGGAUUCAAUUGAUCUUACAAUUUCUCUUCGUCCCGGAGACAAGCUACAACCGCGACCACCGAUUCGACAUUGACGAACUCAAGAACGACAACCUCGAAGAUCUAGCCGCUCUUGAAUAUCAAGAGAAACUGAACAUGGAAAAAGCAGGCACUGGGGCAACUCAUGCCGAAGAAGGCGUCACGCAUUCAGCCUCGCAAGAACCACGUGUCUACAAAAAGAAAACCUGGGUCCAAGAGCUGGCCAUCUUCAGCGGAACCUACUCCUCCGAGAACCUCCUGCAACUCUUCUUGGCUCCGUUUGCCGUCGUCGUCAAUAUCGCGGUCUCUUGGAUCUUGAUCAUCAAUUCCAUGUUUGUUGUGCUGUACGUCGUCAUCGCUUUUGUUCUGGCUCAACUCUUCGCUCCACCACCAUAUCUGCUCAGCUCAGCUAGUAUCGGAUACCUCUCAUUUGGUCCAUUUGUUGGUGGCAUCCUCGGCACAGUCCUACUCGGUGUCCUGUCUGAUCCGUUCAUCAAAUGGUGUGCCCGCCGGAACAAGGGUGUCUACGAGCCUGAAUACCGGUUGAUUCCCUGCAUUCUGGGUGUUUUCUCAGGUCUCGGCCUGAUGCUCUUCGGCCACCUGGUUUCAAUAGGCGCCUCGCCUUACGCAACUGCCACGGUUCAUGGCGUCAUGCUUUUCGGCGUUAUGUUCGUGUGCAUUGGUACGUCGAACUAUGCGCUCGAUGCGUACCGAGGGAUGGCGAAUGAAAUCUUCAUUGCAAGUAUGGCUGUCAAGAACAUCAUUCUGUUCGGAUUCAGUUACUUUGUCAACGACUGGACUGCCGCGGUCGGGCCUGCGCAUGCUUUCUACGUCUGGGGAGCUGUUGCAUUCGCGCUGGUUGCUACGGUACCUGUGGCCUUCUUCUUUGGCAAGAAGUAUCGCAGUUAUUGGGCUAGGAACAAUCUAUUGGAGAAGAUGCAUGUCCAGACUCACGAGGAGUGAAGAUAAACUGUGUAUUGAGGGGGUUUUGAGGGACGUUGAGGGAGAUUGCUUCCUACUUGUGGGUUGCAGUUCCCAUGCCCGUAGAUUCCGCUAGAGGGCCAUGCCAAUAGAAUAG